AGAUGCGGCGUUUGGGAAAUUUUAAAUUUAAAGGCGGGGCGGCCUGUGCGCCCUGCAGUGCCGGCCGCGGAGGGUCCUGGCCAUUUUCCUGGGACCUGUUCAGCCUGACAGGAUGGCGGAGGAAGGAGCCGUGGCCGUCUGCGUGCGAGUGCGGCCGCUGAACAGCAGAGAAGAAUCACUUGGAGAAACUGCCCAAGUUUACUGGAAAACUGACAGUAAUGUCAUUUAUCAAGUUGAUGGAAGUAAAUCUUUCAAUUUUGAUCGUGUCUUUCAUGUUAAUGAAACUACCAAAAAUGUGUAUGAAGAAAUAGCAGCACCAAUCAUCGAUUCUGCCAUACAAGGCUACAAUGGUACUAUAUUUGCCUAUGGACAGACCGCUUCAGGAAAAACAUAUACCAUGAUGGGUUCAGAAGAUCAUUUGGGAGUUAUACCCAGGGCAAUUCAUGACAUUUUCCAAAAAAUUAAGAAAUUUCCUGAUAGGGAAUUUCUCUUACGUGUAUCUUACAUGGAAAUAUACAAUGAAACCAUUACAGAUUUACUCUGUGGUGCUCAAAAAAUGAAACCUUUAAUUAUUCGAGAAGAUGUCAAUAGGAAUGUGUAUGUUGCUGAUCUCACAGAAGAAGUUGUAUAUACAUCAGAAAUGGCUUUGAAAUGGAUUACAAAGGGAGAAAAGAGCAGGCAUUAUGGAGAAACAAAAAUGAAUCAAAGAAGCAGUCGUUCUCAUACCAUCUUUAGGAUGAUUUUGGAAAGUAGAGAGAAGGGUGAACCUUCUAAUUGUGAAGGAUCUGUUAAGGUAUCCCAUUUGAAUUUAGUUGAUCUUGCAGGCAGUGAAAGAGCUGCUCAAACAGGAGCUGCAGGUGUGCGGCUCAAGGAAGGCUGUAAUAUAAAUCGAAGCUUAUUUAUUUUGGGACAAGUGAUCAAGAAACUUAGUGAUGGACAAGUUGGUGGUUUCAUAAAUUAUCGAGAUAGCAAGUUAACACGAAUUCUCCAGAAUUCCUUGGGAGGAAAUGCAAAGACACGUAUUAUCUGCACAAUUACUCCAGUAUCUUUUGAUGAAACCCUUACUACUCUCCAGUUUGCCAGUACUGCUAAAUAUAUGAAGAAUACUCCUUACGUUAAUGAGGUAUCAACUGAUGAAGCUCUCCUGAAAAGGUAUAGAAAAGAAAUAAUGGAUCUUAAAAAACAAUUAGAAGAGGUUUCUUUAGAGACGCGAGCUCAGGCAAUGGAAAAAGACCAAUUGGCCCAACUUUUGGAAGAAAAAGAUUUGCUUCAGAAAGUACAGAAUGAGAAAAUUGAAAACUUAACACGGAUGCUGGUGACCUCUUCUUCCCUCACGUCGCAACAGGAAUUAAAGGCUAAAAGAAAACGAAGAGUUACUUGGUGCCUUGGCAAAAUUAACAAAAUGAAGAACUCAAACUAUGCAGAUCAAUUUAAUAUGCCAACAAAUAUAACAACAAAAACACAUAAGCCUUCUAUAAAUUUAUUAGGAGAAAUUGAUGAAUCUGUCUGUUCAGAGUCUGAUGUUUUCAGUAACACUCUUGAUACAUUAAGUGAGAUAGAAUGGAAUCCAGCAACCAAGCUACUAAAUCAGGAGAAUAUAGAAAGUGAGUUGAACUCACUUCGUGCUGACUAUGAUAAUCUGGUAUUAGACUAUGAACAACUGCGAACAGAAAAAGAAGAAAUGGAAUUGAAAUUAAAAGAAAAGAAUGAUUUGGAUGAAUUUGAGGCUCUAGAAAGAAGAACUAAAACAGAUCAAGAGAUGCAACUAAUUCAUGAAAUUUCGAACUUAAAGAAUUUAGUUAAGCAUGCAGAAGUAUAUAAUCAAGAUCUUGAGAAUGAACUCAGUUCAAAAGUAGAGCUGCUUAGAGAAAAGGAAGACCAGAUUAAGAAGCUACAGGAAUACAUAGACUCGCAAAAGCUAGAAAAUAUAAAAAUGGACUUGUCAUACUCGUUGGAAAGCAUUGAAGACCCAAAACAAAUGAAACAGACUCUGUUUGAUGCUGAAACUGUAGCCCUUGAUGCCAAGAGAGAAUCAGCCUUUCUUAGAAGUGAAAAUCUGGAGCUGAAGGAGAAAAUGAAAGAACUUGCAAGUACAUACAAGCAAAUGGAAAAUGAUAUUCAGUUAUAUCAAAGCCAGUUGGAGGCAAAAAAGAAAAUGCAAGUUGAUCUGGAGAAAGAAUUACAGUCUGCUUUUAAUGAGAUAACAAAACUCACCUCCCUUAUAGAUGGCAAAGUUCCAAAAGAUUUGCUCUAUAAUUUGGAAUUGGAAGGAAAGAUUACUGAUCUUCAGAAAGAACUAAAUAAAGAAGUUGAAGAAAAUGAAGCUUUGCGCGAAGAAGUCAUUUUGCUUUCAGAAUUGAAAUCUUUACCUUCUGAAGUAGAAAGGCUGAGGAAAGAGAUACAUGACAAAUCUGAAGAGCUCCAUAUAAUAACAUCAGAAAAAGAUAAAUUGUUUUCUGAAGUAGUUUAUAAGGAGAGUAGAGUUCAAGGUUUACUUGAAGAAAUUGGGAAAACAAAAGAUGACCUAGCAACUACCCAGUCGAAUUAUAAAAGCACUGAUCAAGAAUUCCAAAAUUUCAAAACCCUUCAUAUGGACUUUGAGCAAAAGUAUAAGAUGGUCCUUGAGGAGAAUGAGAGAAUGAAUCAGGAAAUAGUUAAUCUCUCUAAAGAAGCCCAAAAAUUUGAUUCAAGUUUGCGUGCUUUGAAGACCGAGCUUUCUUACAAGACCCAAGAACUUCAGGAGAAAACACGUGAGGUUCAAGAAAGACUAAAUGAGAUGGAACAGCUGAAGGAACAAUUAGAAAAUAGAGAUUCUAUGCUGCAAACUGUAGAAAGGGAGAAAACACUGAUUACGGAGAAACUGCAGCAAACUUUAGAAGAAGUAAAAACUUUAACUCAAGAAAAAGAUGACCAAAAACAACUCCAAGAAAGCUUGCAAAUUGAGAGGGACCAACUCAAAAGUGAUAUUCAUGAUACUGUAAACAUGAACAUAGAUACUCAAGAACAAUUACGAAAUGCUCUUGAGUCUCUGAAACAACAUCAAGACACAAUUAAUACACUAAAAUUGAAAAUUUCUGAGGAAGUUUCCAGGAAUUUGCAUAUGGAGGAAAAUACAGGAGAAACUAAAGAUGAAUUUCAGCAAAAGAUGGUUGGCAUAGAUAAAAAACAGGAUUUGGAAGCUAAAAAUACCCAAACACUAACUGCAGAUGUUAAGGAUAAUGGGAUAAUUGAGCAACAAAGGAAGAUAUUUUCUUUAAUACAGGAGAAAAAUGAACUCCAACAAAUGUUAGAGAGUGUUAUAGCAGAAAAGGAACAAUUGAAGACUGACCUAAAGGAAAAUAUCGAAAUGACCAUUGAAAACCAGGAAGAAUUAAGACUUCUUGGAGAUGAACUUAAAAAGCAACAAGAGAUAGUUGCACAAGAAAAGAACCAUACCAUAAAGAAAGAAGAAGAGCUUUCUAGGACCUGUGACAGACUGGCAGAAGUUGAAGAAAAACUAAAGGAAAAGAGCCAGCAACUCCAAGAAAAACAGCAACAACUUCUUAAUGUACAAGAAGAGAUGAGUGAGAUGCAGAAAAAGAUUAAUGAAAUGGAGAAUUUAAAGAAUGAAUUAAAGAACAAAGAAUUGACAUUGGAACAUACGGAAACAGAGAGGCUUGAGUUGGCUCAGAAACUUAAUGAAAAUUAUGAGGAAAUGAAAUCUAUAACCAAAGAAAGAAAAGUUUUAAAGGAAUUACAGGAGUCAUUUGAAACAGAGAGAGACCAACUUAGAGGAUAUAUAAGAGAAAUUGAAGCUACAGGCCUACAAACAAAAGAAGAACUAAAAAUUGCUCAUAUUCACCUAAAAGAACACCAAGAAACUAUUGAUGAACUAAGAAGAAGCGUAUCUGAGAAGACAGCUCAAAUAAUAAAUACUCAGGACUUAGAAAAAUCCCAUACCAAAUUACAAGAAGAGAUCCCAGUGCUUCAUGAGGAACAAGAGUUACUUCCUAAUGUGAAAGAAGUCAGUGAGACUCAGGAAACAAUGAAUGAACUGGAGUUAUUAACAGAACAGUCCACAACCAAGGACCCAACAACACUGGCAAGAAUAGAAAUGGAAAGGCUCAGGUUGAAUGAAAAAUUUCAAGAAAGUCAGGAAGAGAUAAAAUCUCUAACCAAGGAAAGAGACAACCUUAAAACGAUAAAAGAAGCCCUUGAAGUUAAACAUGACCAGCUGAAAGAACACAUUAGAGAAACUUUGGCUAAAAUCCAGGAGUCUCAAAGCAAACAAGAACAGUCCUUAAAUAUGAAAGAAAAAGACAAUGAGACUACCAUUGUGAGUGAGAUGGAGCAGUUCAAACCCAAAGAUUCAGCACUACUAAGGAUAGAAAUAGAAAUGCUCAGAUUGUCCAAAAGACUUCAAGAAAGUCAUGAUGAAAUGAAAUCUGUAGCUAAGGAGAAAGAUGACCUACAGAGGCUGCAAAAAGUUCUUCAAUCUGAAAGUGACCAGCUCAAAGAAAACAUAAAAGAAAUUGUAGCUAAACACCUGGAAACUGAAGAGGAACUUAAAGUUGUUCAUUGUUGCCUGAAAGAACAAGAGGAAACUAUUGAUGAGUUAAGAGUGAAUCUUUCAGAGAAGGAAACUGAAAUAUCAACCAUUCAAAAACAAUUAGAAGCAAUCAAUGAUAAAUUACACAACAAGAUCCAAGAGAUUUAUGAGAAAGAGGAACAACUUAAUAUAAAACAAAUUAGUGAGAUUCAGGAAAAAGUGAAUGAACUGAAACAAUUCAAGGAGCAUCGCAAAGCCAAGGAUUCAGCACUACAAAGUAUAGAAAGUAAGAUGCUCGAGUUGACUAACAGACUUCAAGAAAGUCAAGAAGAAAUACAAAUUAUGAUUAAGGAAAAAGAGGAAAUGAAAAGAGUACAGGAGGCCCUUCAGAUAGAGAGAGACCAACUGAAAGAAAACACUAAAGAAAUUGUAGCUAAAAUGAAAGAAUCUCAAGAAAAAGAAUAUCAGUUUCUUAAGAUGACAGCUGUCAAUGAGACUCAGGAAAAAAUGUGUGAAAUAGAACACUUGAAGGAGCAAUUUGAGACCCAGAAGUUAAACCUGGAAAACAUAGAAACAGAGAAUAUAAGGUUGACUCAGAUACUACAUGAAAACCUUGAAGAAAUGAGAUCUGUAACAAAAGAAAGAGAUGACCUUAGGAGUGUGGAGGAGACUCUCAAAGUAGAAAGAGACCAGCUCAAGGAAAACCUGAGAGAAACUAUAACUAGAGACCUAGAAAAACAAGAGGAGCUAAAAAUUGUUCACAUGCAUCUGAAGGAGCACCAAGAAACUAUUGAUAAACUAAGAGAGAUUGUUUCAGAAAAAACAAAUGAAAUAUCAAAUAUGCAAAAGGACUUAGAACACUCAACUGAUGCCUUAAAAACACAGGAUCUGAAAAAACAAGAGGAGCUAAGAAUUGCUCACAUGCAUCUGAAAGAGCACCAGGAAACUAUUGACAAACUCAGAGGAAUUGUUUCUGAGAAGACAGAUAAAAUAUCAAAUAUGCAAAAAGAUUUAGAAAAUUCAAAUGCUAAAUUACAAGAAAAGAUUCAAGAAAUUAAGGCAAAUGAACAUCAACUUCUUAAGUUAAAAAAAGAUGUCAGUGAGACACAAAAAAAAGUGUCUGAAAUGGAGCAACUAAAGAAACAAAUAAAAGACCAAAGCUUAACUCUGAGUAAAAUAGAAAUGGAGAAUUUAAAUCUGGCUCAGAAACUUCAUGAAAACAUUGAAGAAAUGAAAUCUGUAAUGAAAGAAAGAGAUAAUCUAAGAAGAGUAGAGGAGACGCUCAAACUGGAGAGAGACCAACUCAAGGAAAGCCUACAAGAAACCAAAGCUAGAGAUCUGGAAAUACAACAAGAACUAAAAACUGCUCGUAUGCUAUCAAAAGAACACAAAGAAACUGUUGAUAAACUUAGAGAAAAAAUUUCAGAAAAGACAAUUCAAAUUUCAAACAUUCAAAAGGAUUUAGAUAAAUCAAAAGAUGAAUUACAGAAAAAGCAGGACCAACAGAACCACCAAGUAAAACCUGAAAAAAGGUUACUAAGUGAUAGACAACAGCACCUUACAGAAAGCCUUAGAGAAAAGUGCUCUAGAAUAAAAGAGCUUUUGAAGAGAUACUCAGAGAUGGAUGAUCAUUAUGAGUGCUUGAAUAGAUUGUCUCUUGACUUGGAGAAGGAAAUUGAAAUCCAAAAAGAGCUUUCAAUGAGAGUUAAAGCAAACCUCUCACUUCCCUAUUUACAAACCAAACACAUUGAAAAACUUUUUACUGCAAACCAGAGAUGUUCCAUGGAAUUCCACAGAAUCAUGAAAAAACUGAAGUAUGUGUUAAGCUAUGUUACAAAAAUAAAAGAAGAACAACAUGAAUCCAUCAAUAAAUUUGAAAUGGAUUUUAUUGAUGAAGUGGAAAAGCAAAAGGAAUUGCUAAUUAAAAUACAGCACCUUCAACAAGAUUGUGAUGUACCAUCCAGAGAAUUAAGGGAUCUCAAAUUGAACCAGAAUAUGGAUCUACAUAUUGAGGAAAUUCUCAAAGAUUUCUCAGAAAGUGAGUUCCCUAGCAUAAAGACUGAAUUUCAACAAGUACUAAGUAAUAGGAAAGAAAUGACGCAGUUCUUAGAAGAGUGGUUAAAUACUCGUUUUGAUAUAGAAAAGCUUAAAAAUGGCAUCCAGAAGGAAAAUGAUAGGAUUUGUCAAGUGAAUAACUUCUUUAAUAACAGAAUAAUUGCCAUAAUGAAUGAAUCAACAGAAUUUGAGGAAAGAAGUGCUACCAUAUCCAAAGAGUGGGAACAGGACCUGAAAUCACUGAAAGAGAAAAAUGAAAAACUAUUUAAAAACUACCAAACAUUGAAGACUUCCUUGGCAUCUACUGCCCAGGUUAAUCCUACCACGCAAGACAGUAAGAAUCCUCAUGUUACAUCAAGAGCUACACAGUUAACCACAGAGAAAAUUCGAGAGCUGGAAAAUUCACUGCAUGAAGCUAAAGAAAGUGCUAUGCAUAAGGAAAGCAAGAUUAUAAAGAUGCAGAAAGAACUUGAGGUGACUAAUGACAUAAUAGCAAAACUUCAAGCCAAAGUUAAUGAAUCAAAUAAAUGCCUUGAAAAAACAAAAGAGACAAUUCAAGUACUUCAGGACAAAGUUGCUUUAGGAGCUAAGCCAUAUAAAGAAGAAAUUGAAGAUCUCAAAACAAAACUUGUGAAAAUAGACCUAGAGAAAAUGAAAAAUGCCAAAGAAUUUGAAAAAGAAAUCAGUGCUACAAAAGCCACUGUAGAAUAUCAAAAGGAAGUUAUAAGGCUAUUGAGAGAAAAUCUCAGAAGAAGUCAACAGGCCCAAGAUACCUCAAUGAUAUCAGAACAUACUGAUCCUCAGCCUUCAAAUAAACCCUUAACUUGUGGAGGUGGCAGCGGCAUUGUACAAAACACAAAAGCUCUUAUUUUGAAAAGUGAACAUAUAAGGCUAGAAAAGGAAAUUUCUAAAUUAAAGCAGCAAAAUGAACAGCUAAUAAAGCAAAAGAAUGAAUUGUUAAGCAAUAAUCAGCAUCUUUCCAAUGAGGUCAAAACUUGGAAGGAAAGAACCCUUAAAAGAGAGGCUCACAAACAAGUAACUUGUGAGAAUUCUCCAAAGUCUCCUAAAGUGACUGGAACAGCUUCUAAAAAGAAACAAAUGACACCCUCUCAAUGCAAGGAACGGAAUUUACAAGAUCCUGUGCCAAAGGAAUCACCAAAAUCUUGGUUUUUUGAUAGCCGAUCAAAGUCUUUACCAUCACCUCAUCCAGUUCGCUAUUUUGAUAACUCAAGUUUAGGCCUUUGUCCAGAGGUACAAAAUGCAGGAGCAGAGAGUGCGGAUUCUCAGCCAGGUCCUUGGCAUGCCUCCUCAGGAAAAGAUGUGCCUGAGUGCAAAACUCAGUAGACUCCUCUUUGUCACUUCUCUGGAGAUCCAGCAUUCCUUGUUUGGAAAUGACUUUGUUGAUGUGUCUAUCCCUGGUAAUGAUGUCGUAGUGCAGCUUAAUUUCAAUUCAGUCUUUACUUUGCCACUAGAGUUGAAAGAUAAGGGAACAGGAAAUGAAUGCAUUGUGGUAAUUUAGAAUGGUGAUAGCAAUACCUUCUUCUUGCAUAUGGUAAUACUUUUAAAAGUUGAAUUGUUUUAUUUAUUUGUGUAUUUUAUAAAGAAUAAAGUUAUUGAAAGAAAUGUAAAGUUAUCUACAUGACUUAGCAUAUUCCAAAGCAUAAUACAUACAUUAAUGUAAAACAUCAUUUUAUUAACAAAACUGUAAACAUUUUUAAUACCUUACACAUUCAAUAAAUGUUUAGUAGUUCUGAA